UGAUGACAGGCAGAUAUGCCUACACUCUGAGCAAUGUUGAAACAAGUGAGAGAUAAAUAUACAUUAAAAAGAAUAAUAAUAUGCAUAAUCUUUUUUCUUCUAGGAAUACCAGUGCUAUUCUGAAUUUGGUACAUCCAAAAAAAAUAAUAUGGACUCCACUUUGGCUCUCCUGUUUUCUCUGAUGCACAUUUUAAGUGUGUGCUCAGCUGCUCCUCUGCCAAUGGAAGUAGUGAAGAUGAAAUCCAAAGUGAAAUGGAUGGCCGAACAGCUGGUGGUGAGGCUGAACAAAGACUUCCAGGUCCCGGCUGGUCUGACUCUCGGCACACCUGCUGAUGAUUUGGAUGGACCUUCCUCCAUUGUGGUGGUCUUGGAGGGCUAUAACAGCCUGAUCUCUGACACCUUUAGCGGGGUCGCUCAGGUCAAGUUUGACAUCUCUUCGCUGACAGGUUACCUCGAUCAGUGGAGGCAGGGCCACUGCAGUGAGCAGUGGCCAAAGCCCUCCGUGCCGGGGCCGAUGCAAGAGCUCCUGCGCCGAAAGGAGUUCAUACACACAGUGACCAUUGAGGCGCUCAUGAGAGUGAAGGAGAUCCUCAGUCUGCUACUAAACAAUCUGGAUCAUCUUGAGAUUUGCUGAAAGACAGACAUGAGGACCGGGCUGCAUCCGUGAUGUCUGACUUCCCACAUGGCACGGCUGAACUUUUGCAAUGUAUUUUUGAAGGAAAUCUAUUCUUGAACAUGCACUUAUUUAUACACAUUUAUUUAUAUAGUUUUAUUUAUAUAGUUUAAUCAGAAAAUAUAUAUUUUGUAACAUUGUCUUCUUAUCGGGAUGUUUGCAGGUUUAGUUUCUGCGGGAUUGUUUUCUAUGCAAACUGAUCUAAAGAUAAAUCAUGCGUUUGUAUUUUGACACGACUUUUAUAUCAACAAAGCGCUCUCAGUGAUAAACAUGGUCAGGAUGCUAAACCACCUGGCCGGCUGCAGCCAGAGGAAACCUCAGUUUCUGGAAAACCCUGAAAACAAUGUUGAAACUUGCCAAGAAUAUCAACAGGUGUUUGUACUAGAACGACGAGGACAGGAGAGGAAACG